GAACAUCUACCCGUUGUCCUCAGUCCAUCACCCAAUUCGUCAACCCAGGUCUCGUCUUAUAAUACACAAUGGCUGGUAUCGCUUACUACACCAUUGCCGGCAAGCAGGUCGCCGGCCACUACCUGGCCAUGGCCUGGUUGGGAACCCUCUUCGCCGGUGUCCAGUACGCCACCUCUGGAAGCUCAGCUAAGCCUACCGCUACCGCUACUCCUCCCAUCAACGCCUCCAGCUCCGACGAGGCCAGCUUCAUCCAGGACUUCCUUAACCAGCAGGACAAGAAGAACUAGACGGUUGCAUCAAUGACAAUGGUCAUGCGGUUAUUUGGAUGCGGUGUACGUUUAUAAGCCAUGGAAGCAUAAGCGGUCCAUCGAGCCGGACAGUCAAAUUCAGAUACCAACAAAAGCCUGUUUCGCCAAUCGUGGCAUGACGAUACUGAAGACCGAUUUCCUCCAUUUGUGAAACACUCGAAUAUGCGACCGACAAGCUAUCGAUGUCAUUAGUCCGGGCCUGAAUUUUGAUGUUGCGAUUUUGCGUGUAACCUUCACGCCAGGCUGAAAUUGUCGAUGUUUUUAUCGAGUUCGAAAUGUGCAAGAGAGAAUCCAUUUUUAUGUCAAUAUCGAGUACUGCCAACACGAUCUCGGCUUGAACUUUCUGUUGGGUCGAUG